AUGGGGACCAUAACUAUCCGAGAAGAGGAAGGAGAGUCUGAGUCAGAGUCAGAGCCGGAAGGCGAAUCGACCGCUCCUCUAUUCGGUUACCGCCCUAUAAAAUCACCCACUCACAUCCGCGUCCUCGACAUUCAUCCAGCAGCUGGGCUCGACCAACCGAUAGCCUGCACUAUACGCCACGUCAACCUCGACCACAGGCCUCCUUUUGAAGCGCUGAGCUACACGUGGGGUGGAAAAGAGAAUCAAACGAGUAUCUUUCUCAACGGACAGCCCUUCAUGGUGAUGGAGAACGCGGCGGCAGUGCUCCGCCGGCUUCGGGUUUCCGGGCAGAUGCGAACUAUCUGGGUGGAUGCCAUUUGCAUCAACCAGCGUGACAAGGUAGAAAAGGGAUACCAACUCCCAUUGAUGACGAGGAUAUACCAGGAGGCGCAGCAAGUGUGUGUGUGGCUGGGAGAGCUGACGGAAAAGAUUCGGGAGCCGCUCAAUAGGCCGUGGUGGGACCGCGUGCGGAUCAUGCAAGAGGCCAUCGUUGCCAAGAAGAUUGUGAUCAUGUGCGGAGACCAGACUGCGACCUGGGAUCGGAUCGAGGUAGCAAUCAAGAACUCCAUCUGGAGGGCGCCAGGGCCUGAGGAUGAGUUUGGACUUGGUGAUAACAAGCAUGCCCACCUCUUCAAUGACAAGUACCUGACAGUCAAUGAAUAUCGUCAGAAGUGGGCACAGGGAGUUUUCCAUGUCUCGGUUUACAAGAUGCUCUACGAUUUUAGGGGGCUUCGCUGUUCAAACGCCCGGGACAGAAUCUAUGGCUUCCUGGGAUUGACAUCUCUCGUGUCGCAUCCUGACUUUAAGGCUGACUACAAGGCACGGGUUUGGAGGUCAUACGCCCGGUUUGCAAAGCAUCUCGAUCCCGCACCACUCCUUGACUGGUCCGAGACUGAGCCCUUGUACUGCGCAGGUAGUAGGUUGGGCCCUGCCACUGUGUAUCCAUCUACAAACCUCCGCAUGCUUGUCGUGGAAGGUAUAGAGUUUGAUCUCAUCUCUCACCUCUCCGACGCCUGGCAUCCAGAGUCAGACGUGUUCGAGUUGUCGCGUCGCCAAGCCAGCGAGCUCGAGAAGUGGGAAACCCUCGCCAUGGCCGAGCUAGGGCCAGCCUGCCCGUACGGCGGGGGUAAAGCUCGUAGAGAAGCUCUCUGGCGGACACACAUAGCUGACUUUGCAGGGAAGAAGGCUGCUCCAACCUCUCUUGGCUGGGCUGUGGAGUGCUGGUACGAUCGAGAUGGGUGGGCCAAGCCGCUCGUCGAUCCAGCGAACUUGCCCGAGAAGACAGACGAGGAAAUUGAAGCCAUGGGCCUCAGAGAAACUCUAAGGUGGAUUGGUUCUGAGGCAACUGGCGAGUUCAAGCUCGAAGAGAGUGCCUGCAAAGAGUACGGCAAUUGUGUACGUCGGAUCUAUCAAGCCUGUGCCCACCGGAGGCUCCUCGUCACUUCCAGGGGGUACCUCGGCCUAGCUCCCUGGAAUGCGCGGGUAGGAGAUGCCAUUUUUGUCCUGAAGGGGGGCAAGACGCCGUUUCUGCUUCGGGAACAUGAGGCACCGGGUCAAGAGCAUAGGCUAGUUGGCGAGGCUUUCGUGUAUGGGAUAAUGGCUGGGGAGGCUGUCGAUCUUGUUCCAGAGGUGAAACAGGUUCGGUUGUUGUAG